UCGGCCUGCGUAGUUUGUUAAGGCGGCGCCAAAACCUUCCUGCACGCACGGGUCCCGCGAGGGGACUCCGAGCGACACCGUCCGGGGCCAUGGGCCGCCGUGCCGAGCUCCGGAGAGCUAAACCCCACUGUCCACAGCGUUCCUGCUGGUCGUGCCAGCUGGAGUUACUUGCCAGUGCACAUUCCUCCUUCUCCGAGCGCUAUUUCUGUUAUUUAAUAGCCCCACUUGCAGGUGUCAGAUGCGAGUAGUUAACGGUUGGACUUGAUCUUAAAGGUCUUUUCCAACCUAGACGAUUCUAUGACUACCGCGGAGGCUGUUUCCCGCCCAGCCAUGUCUAUGUGUGGUCUCCUCAGCACUGGGCAGCUCGCUUCGCUCUACCUUGUAAUUAAAACGUUUUCCAAUCUACAAGCUAUCCGUGGCUAUUUAUAGCUAUCCCUGGAAGGUUUCAUGAUUGCUUCAGGCGCAUUCAUCCCAGUUGCUAUCGGGAUACGGAGUGAACUGACACGUCCUGUCAGGAGGUGGGUCUCCGAGCCAGAGCUGAGACUGCUGCCAGCACCGGGAGCUGUCGACGCGCUCCUGUGUCCAAGGGCUGCCCCGCAGGACACCGGCUCCCAGCAGUGAGCUCGCUGCCUGCACCUCAGAUCUGCUCCGUCGCAACAGCUCCAUGCGUGUAAAACUGCAUACACGAGUCUCGAAUAAACAUACAUCGCUGCUGGCUUUUCUCCUCACAUCCCCCAAGAGCAAGAGCAGAGGGCAACCGCGCAGGUGCUCAGGUGUGUACCAGCCCCGCGCAGUGAGGCAGCAGAAACCAGACUGAGAAACAGCAGCAAAUUUGAAAAGAAAACCCCAUAAAGUGCUCAAGUAAGCAAGCGACAAGGAGACAAAAUAAGCGAAUAGUGCCAGUGCCUAGUUUUCACUUGUCUCUUAAUCAUUGCAGCAAUACUCUGCGGUACUCUCAUGGUGCGACCUAGACCAAAGCCUAGCAAGACACAGUGACCUAUUUAUGCGUGAACUCACUUAAACAAACCCACGAACCGGAGCCCGGGUGCCCUGCGCCCACCCGCGACCGGCGCGGGGAGCCCCAGCAUGCGUCCCGCCGCGGGGUGCCGGCCCUCCUCGGCAGGGGCAGGCCCAGCGGAGGUGGCACCCGGGCGGGGGUAGCCCCGAGGGGACGCGGGGACCGCAGCGAGGGCGGCGGCAGGCGGGCCCGCGAGGAGGCGGAGGAGGCAGCAGCGGGCGGAAGAGGCGGCGGGCGAUGGCCGGCGCGCUGCUGCGCGGUGGGGUGCGCCGCUUCCCCUGGCUCUGCAACGUGCUGCUGUACGGCGGGCUCUUCGCGGCGGGCGACGCGGCCCAGCAGCUGUGGCGGCGGCGGAGGCAGCCGCCCGACUGGGCGCAGACGCGGCGAGUGGCGCUGGUGGCCCUCGCCUUCCACGGCAACUUCAGCUACGUCUGGCUGCGGGCGCUAGAGCGGGCGCUGCCCGGCCGCCGCCCGCCCGCCGUCCUCGGCAAGGUGCUCUGCGACCAGCUCUUCGGCGCCCCCGUCGCCGUCCUCGCGUUCUACACGGGUAUGAGCAUCCUUCAGAAGAAAGAGGACAUCUUUUCAGACUGUAGAAAGAAAUUUUGGAAUACAUACAAGACGGGACUGAUGUACUGGCCUUUCGUGCAGCUGUCAAACUUCAUUUUUGUGCCUGUUUACCUGCGAACAGCUUACACUGGGCUCUGUGGUUUUGUCUGGGCUGCCUUCAUUUGCUUUUCCCAACAGAGUGGAGAUGGCACAGCAAAGUCAGCACUUAUGUGGCUCCAAAGAGAGAAGGUCAAUGCAGAUGAAGAUUCAUCAGAGAAAUAAGAACUUUAGUUCUGAACACAGUCUAAAUUGUUAAACUGAGUUUAUGAAAGUCUGUAAACUGCACUGCAGCUUCAUUGCUGUGUUUAAAAUAACCAGUCAUCUCAACAUUUGUUGGUUAGUAUAAGCACUGGAACAGUUUGUCUUUGUGCCUGUUUAUUUUUCAUAAAAGAGGCCAAUUGUAUAUUGGCAUUUAAUUAUUUUCAUGCUGCCAGCCCAUCUCUUCUGGGAACAAAUGCCUUACAGGGCAAUGUAAGCAUUUGCACAUCAUGUUGAACCAACUCACCGGGGAGAAAUAUUAACUCUAAUUUAAUUUGCAAGCAAGUUGUAAUUGCUAGAAAAAGGGGAAUAGAACACGAAACCAUCAAUCGCCAAACUUGAUAUUUGUUAUCAGUGCAAGAUUGCUUUUGCAGAACAAAAUUUAGUGGCUUUCUUAUCUAAAAAGUGGCAUUGAAUCUGUUUUAUCCAGAGAAAACAGAAGUGCAGUAUUUUGCAGGGACCACUUUUCUGUAGGGGCAAGCUUGCUUUAUUCUACAUGAAAAUCUAUAUAGAAAAUUAUUUCAUAGAAUGUACAAACCUGAAAUACAUUUGCGUAUCUUAUUUUAACUGUGACAAUAAAGAUAAAUAACUUCAAUCAGAGUUCUUUGGGGUGGAUGCUGUGUAUGGACACUUGGAGGAAGAAUCAGUCAUAAGCAGCUUCUGCGUGAUAGAACCCAACUAAACUCUGCAGUGCGCUUUUGUUAUAUGUGUCAACGGCUUCUUCCUUUGCCCCUCAAGGGUCAAAGUACUGAAGAGUACAUGGGAGUCUUGACACCUUGACUCUUUCUCCUACUUCAUUAUGUUGAAAAUAUAAUUAAGAUUUUGAAGAAAAAGAGCAUGGGAAGAAAGGUUAUGUGAAUGCCAGAAUCCAUUUCAGAACAAUCCAGCUAUAUGUAAGGAACUGCCAUUUCUUCUUCAAAUGGCUUUUAAACAUUCCUAUUCAUAAAAGACACUGGGUAACUACACAUAGGAGAUGGUAAAAUUAAUUAUAGAUCUGCUUUGUCAAUUGAGGAUCAGGUCUGGAUGCAGACCUUUGGUGUUCUCUAAAUAUGCCUAUGUAUCUCAGAACAGGUACUGUGCAAAUGUCUGUGAUUGCAGGAGGUUGAAAUCAGACCAGUAAUGGAGCCCUUAGUUUAUUAGAAUGGGAUUUUAUGCCUUGAAGUUACUAAAUAGUAAGCUUGAAAUAGUAUUUGAUUAAACCCAUCUUAAUGAUGAUUGUCAAAAGAAGACUCAACCCUCUUUGUUACAAUAAUAAUAAACCACUUAGAGGAAUGUCUGAAUUCCUCAGUCUUGUCUAAACAAUAAACCAAAGCCUGCUUAGGCUAUAAACAGACAUUCCUUUGGCCAGCAGCUGUACUACUUAAACAAGUCACUGCAAUUCCAUCUUCAGCUGCACAGGCAGACUUGGAAGAGGCCACCUGCCUACAAUCUUAAGGUGGAAUUAAUUUUAAUUGACUUCUGACAUCCGUAGUGUGGACAUCUGCAACUUGGCUCAUCAGUUUAAGCUCUGUUUACAGUCAGUGGAGGAAUGUAGACAGUUGUAGACAUCUGUUUUAGGGUACAGUGAAUUGUGCACAGUAGGGAUCUAUUUCUUUCCAUUGAUAACAGACAGUCUCAGAAGACUGGCUGCUAUGUAGAUAGCUUCAUUGUAGAUGCUCGUAUUUGGUGAGUUGAAUUCCCCUGCUUGGUGUCUAUUUUACGUGUCCCUGUGGGAGCAACUUUGUCUUGCUGCGUGAAUCCCACAGUGUGAAUUGGGCAGUCCUGAUGCUGGACAUCCUAGUAGGAGUAGAAAUCCAGAGAGGUACUAACUGCAUUUUAUCUAUCUAUUUAAAAAUGAAAGAUGAGUGAAUAGACGAUUUAGACAGCUAAAGCUGUUAAAUUGCUUUUGUGUGUAUAAAGUCCUCAGAAUAAAGAAGCAAUUUCAGUAGUGUUUUUUUCUGUCGAUGUUUUUAGGAUUAGAAUAGCGUUCUAAAAGCUGUUCUAUUCAGUGAGACUUAAAAGUUUCACAUAAGGUGUGCUCAUUAAGUAUUUGACUUGUUUUUUACAGAUACUAUUUAUUUUUCUGUUUGUGCCUUAAGUGUUUAAUGAUGAAUAGAAUUCACUUGGAGAAGGGAAAAGGAAAAUUAACAACAUUGUAAGAAGAGUAACUAGCAAAAGGUGUUGGUUUGCUGUAAGCAGUAUGUGAUGUUCUGCUGAAACUCAAUGCAAAAAAUACUGCAUGAGUGUCGUUGGUAAAACUUCAUCCCCAGGUGAACCAAGAAUUUAAAACUGUUCUCAUGAUCUGUAUAAUGCUGAUGCUUCUCUUCAGCAGGAGUAUUUAAUGAAUGGAAGAUCCAUCUUUUAUUUUGAACGGCUUAAAAGCUUAUACAAGCUGUGUUUUACUGCUGUAUGCUUUUGUGCUGCUAGCUUUUUGCUUGAGAACUUGAGCUAAAUCCUGCUUUGUCUUCAAGUUUCUCUGACUGUGGGCUUCAGGGUUUCUCUCCAUGUUAUCUGGAGUACACUUCUUUCAUGUAAUGGAAGCCUGUAGUUCUUACAUUUAGUGAACUUUAGAUUCUGCAUAAUCCUUUCAUUCCUUUGUUUCUCAUGUGAAGGGGUUUGACAGUUCAGUAACCCAAGUCCCUUUUCAUAUUAAAAAAUCGAUUUUUUUUUUCCCCUUUAAUUACAGACACUGAUUGGUUUUACGACUAUUUCAGACCCACAUAAUAGAAAACAAUGAAGCUGUGUCGGGACAAAUUCUCAGUGCACACAAAUUCAUGCACCUUCUAAAGAUUUUCUGCCCUGUCAGUUUAGUCUGAGGACCUCACCCCUUAGUCGUUAAAGACUUUAUUAUUUCUUGACAAUUUUUUUGUUUAGAAGAUUAAUUUCAGAGGAUAACAAAUGGUGGAGGUUGGAAAGGACCUCUGGGUGUCCAGUCCAGGUCAUGUAGUCCAACCCUAUUUGAUACAUAUGUAUAAACUUUUGUUUGAUUCUUCUGGUAAUUCAGGUACUUCUUAAAAAAGAAAAAAGAAAAAGAAAAAAAGAGAUGCGUGAGACUUGUCCUAAUUGUCUCUCCGCUCCCUUCCAAAAGCACUCAUAAGAGCUUUAUGACUAUUUCAAGGAAUUGCACUGAUCUUAUUGCCAGCAGAUUUCCAUAACCAGAAAGAUGAACAGAAUUAUACAGCCUGUAGGUGCUCAGAAAGGAGGGGACACACUGCCAAUAGCUGCUAGGCAUGCAUUCAGGUGACAUUUUCACGUCAUGAGUCCUCUCUAAGAGCAAAUGGGAUGAGAAGAUAUUUAUAUCAGGUGCUGUUUCAGCUUUGUGUUAUUCUGGAUAGCUGUGGAGAUGUAGAGUCUGAAUUUGAUAAAAUGAGAAUUUAAAAAUGUAUUUUUCUACUGCAAAUCUUUCGUGCAAAUGAACCUCCUGUGCUUACUAGUAUGCAAAAUACAUCCUUCUAGGCUUAGAAAACUCACCAGAAGGCCUCUGUCUUUUUCACACCAGAACUAACCAUCCAGUAACACAGCAUAAAAUAACCAGUUUCAUAAUGCAGUGAAGGUGAAACUGCCUGUAGUUUGUCACCCUAUCUGGCAUGUUCUCUGUAUAGCACUAACUUUGAAAUCUCUGCAGCCUCAGCCUUCUUAUUCUCUGCUUUAAGCGCCAAUGCUUUGUGCUUGUGCUGCUGCCUCUACUGCUAGUGCUAAUCCAGUGAGAUGUGCAAGGAAUACUUGAAUUUGACUAAAAUAACGAAUUUCAAGUUGAGUGAAAAGUGUCUGUGUUUUUGCAAAGGCUUAAUAAACAUUAAAUGCUGUUCUUCGGCUC